UUGAGAUAAAAGCAAGAGAGAGAUAGAAUGGGUCGUGGAGUUAGUGCAGGUGGAGGGCAGAGUUCUUUGGGGUAUCUUUUUGGUAGUGGAGAAGCUCCAAAGCCAGUAGCCGUUAACAAGGCUCCAGCUGAAACUCAAAUAUCUUCCCCUUCUCCACCUCCUCAAGCCGCUGCUCCAAAGGCUGUUGAUAGCACCAAACAAGUGCCUGCUGGUCUCAACAGCAACUCUGCAAACAAUUACAUGCGCGCAGAAGGACAAAACACAGGAAACUUCAUCACGGACCGGCCAUCGACCAAGGUUCAUUCAGCUCCAGGAGGUGGCUCGUCUUUGAAUUACCUCUUCGGUGGUGGUAGCAACUAGCAGUACCUGAGGCCAAAACUUGGUCACUCUAUGUUACUUUAUCCCAAAGUCUCCCUUAUGUCAUCGUUGUGGAACCUCUUUUCCCUUGCAAAAAAUAAAAUUAUCUAUGAUGUGCUUACUUAGUUUAUUAGUAUACAAAUGUGCUUCAAAAUGUUCUCA